UUGUCUGCCCAUGUGCGAGCUGCACCAACCAUAAUUACAUUUACAGGAAUUUAGAUUUUAGUGAAGCAUAAAAGGAGCGUUCUUACACCCAGGUCCUAAUCGGCAGUAGUUACUUACGGAACGUUCAACAUGAAGUACUUCGUCGCUACGGCUCUCGCCUUCCUUCUUGGCGUGGCGCAAGGGGGGUAUGCGCCAUGCAUUACCAUCACUGUGCCCGACUUCCUUACGGCUGACAUGACCCACUGUUACGACCAACAGCCUCUUGACAUCUGCACACCGUUCAACGAAAAUGACACGGAGAAAGUCCGCGGAUUGAUCAACUGCACCAACUACGACACCGAAUACAAAGUCCAAGCCCUGGUAGCUGCGCUCAACGAUGCCGUGGCGGCCACGCUUCCCGAAGAAGAUCGCAACCAAAGCUUAUAUGUCACAGACUUCAUUGUGCGGUGGUGUUCCUAUGGAUUGGCUCUUCCGAGCAAUAUCUACAAUUACACAUGCGAGGAGUACCUUGCUAUGGUGACAGUUACCUGCGCCGCACCAGUUACUUUGAGUGUUCCUGACGUCAACGACCUGGGGAAUUGCGCUGAGCAAAAUGAAAUCGCAAACAUCUGCAUGGAAGGAGACAGCGUCACAUGGCAGACUUUCGCUGACCUGGUUGCCCUGUUGAGGUGCGUCUACUUUAAUAUCAUACCACUACUUCCGUAUCCGGAAUACUGACGAAGGUGCCACCAAAACCUCCAAGGACGGGCAAAGAUUUGUAUCCUGUAGAGCAGGAACUGUACAUAGUGAUAAUGUGUAUGCACAUGUGAAUUACAGAGCAUAGCAUUCAAUAAACCAGAGAGCAGUAA